GAUUCAUGGUUUCCUGAACAAUUGAAAAUGAUGAUCUAUGGAGGAAUCAACCGUGCACUAGUUUUCUUUAAGCAGCAUGGAUGGACUGAUGGAGGCAAAAUUGAGUCCAAAUAUACUUCAAGGGCUGCUGAGUUAUAUAGGCAAAUACUAUCAAAAGAAGUCACUAAAAACUUGGCAGAAGUGUCGAGUUUACCAUCAUCACUGGUUGCCUCUCAGUCAUCAAAAGCAUCCAAUGGACUUCUUGAUAGCAAGAUUGAUGAGGUUCCUAAAGAAAGUUCUUUAGACAGGUUAGAAAAAACAGAAGUUUCUGCUCCGCAAAAGUCUUCUCGUACAACUGUUACAAGCACUGUCAAGAAGCCUCUUGGUGCAAAGAAAACUGGGAAAGCUGGGGGGCUUGGUGCCCGAAAGCUUGCAUCUAAGUCGAGUGAAAAUAUAUAUGACCAGAAGCCUCAAGAACCCGUUGUCCCUGUUGCUUCCUCAACAAAAAAGCCUGCAGCACCCAUUGGCUCAUCUUUUCCAUCGCGUUUUGAGUACGUAGAAAAUGGCCAAUCUAAUGAGUUGAAUUCUGGUCGCCCACAAGUGCUUAGUCAUGUUGCUCCUCCAAAGUCAUCUAGCUUUUUUUCUGAUUUUGGAAUGGACAGUAGAGUUGAGAAAAAAUCAAGCUCAAAUUCCCCAAAAGUGCAAAUUCAGGAAACUGAUGAAGCUAGGAAAAAGUUCUCGAAUGUGAAAUCUAUUUCAUCAGCAGAUAAUGAAGCUCAAGCUACUUUGCAGAAAUUCUCUGGUUCAGUUUGGCAAGGAUGAGGAUCUAGACCUCUCCGCCAGUGACCUCAUCAACCGGCUCUCGUUCCAGGCACAACAGGACAUCUCGAACCUAAAGAACAUUGCAGGGGAGACCGGAAAGAAACUUAGCUCCUUUGCAUCCACUUUUAUGUCGGAUCUUCAGGAUAGAAUCCUCUGAUGUAGUGUUCUUGGUAUGAAUAUACACAUGACAUGAUAUGACCAGCCGAU